CUGUCUAGGAUAGCCCCUGUAACAAGGAAUAUAUUACAUCGUCUCGCUCUCGUAUGGGCGACUCACUCGUCGUUGAAGUAUUCAAUCGCCAAGCCAGGUACAAUGGCAUACUUAGCUGUACUUCAGGAAACCUAGGCCAACAAUCUAGACUACAACUAACUCGAAGUCAUGUCUGGUGGUCUACAUCCUCCGCUCAGUGUUAUAGCCUCAUGGCCGAAACCAAAUCAUCUCAAUCCAGAGUUACGGGGAUGGCUCGUACCUGCUGUCAAUAUCGUGCUUUUCUCACUAGCCCUUACGGUAGCCUCAUUGCGACUCUUUGCUCGAUUCUUUAUCCUUAGAAGUGCAGGGAUAGACGACUAUCUAAUAGCUUUGAACUUGGUACCAUUACUUGGCCUGACGAUAGCUCUGUCCAUAGCUGUGAAAGUUUACCAUUUCGAUCGUCAUAUAUGGGACGUACCUAUAGAUGAGGCUACUGCGACUCGCAAAAUCUUGUUUGCAAUUGAAAUCCUGUAUGUCAUCUCGACAGGUCUGACCAAGUUAUCAGUCCUGACGUUUUACAAACGACUAUCUGACGGUGGAAUAUCGCCAACUCUGAUCAGAGUAUCGCAAAGCUUCAUUGCAUUUGUUGGUUUUACCACAGCCUUCUUUACCAUACUGCCCUUUCUUGCCUGUACCCCUUUCAAUGCUUUCUUCGACCAGGUUGACCCUCGCUGGUUCUACACCCACUUGAAACCAGGCCUGUGGAAAUGCUUCGAUGAGCUGACCCACUUCUACGCCAAUGGCUCUAUCAGUAUCUUCCAGGACUUCGUCGCAGUUGGACUUCCUCUUGCCUUGUUCCAUGGGCUGCAAAUUCCUCGCCGUCAAAAGAUCCUUCUAGGCGCCGUCUUCUUCGUUGGAUUUUGUGUAUGUAUCAUUGGUGUUCUCCGUCUCGUCGCCAUCUCACACCUCUAUACCACCACCUAUGACCUCACCUGGGAGACACAGUACGUAUGGAUCUGGACGGGCACCGAGGCCAACGUCGCCGUUAUCUGCGCCUGUCUUCCAUGCUGCCGUGUCUAUGCUUCGCGCUUUCUCAACUACCCGGUUCGCUCGUGGAACAGCAACCGAACCCCCGAUCGAACGCCCCGUGCAUCUGUCAAAGCAGGCUGGAGCGCAAACAGUAGCUCUGCAGCCGCAAAUUCCACCAGUAGGAAGCAAUCAGUUGUGGCACCGCUUACAGCAUACAACGGUACGACAUCGACGGAUUUGUAUAGACCUCAAGGGGACUCCAUCGAUCAGAUUGAAGAUGUAGAGAUGGGGUCGUUAAGGACUCUCCGAGUACCGAGUCCGGCUCGAACGAUAGAGAGCUAUGAGAUGCACGAGUGGGAUAGUCCGGGAUCGCAACGAGAUAGGCACGGCUUUGAUCGGAAUCGGAGGCUACAUCUCGGCCCGUAAUUAAGGGAACUAAGGUGUGAGCAGCGAGUACAUACUCCCAAAUAGCGUGAUCGUGGUUCUGGGUUCUCUAUGAAAGGAGAGCAAAAUGCUUAAUGUUAGAGAUGAUAGAGAGGGUAUUUGCAGUAGAGUCCGCUGACAAGCUCUUAUCGAGUGAAUGACGAUCAGUAGACAACUCUUUAGUUCAAGUUAAGGAGGAGAAAAGCCUACUUCUCGUCAUUCUAAAGCUUCUCUUCCUUCACACUUGUUCCGGAGCCCUGCUAUCGACUAUGAUUUGAUAAUUUCCAUAAUCGAUGGAGAAGCACAGAAUAACACAGGCUUUCACGUGUUAAAGCAAGAAUCACGCUUAAACCUGGGCUGCUUCGCUGCUGUUACCUGACUCUAUCAAGCCAAUAUGUACGAUUUGCCUAGCAUUUU